AUGAACAACAUUAACUCAUCAAAUUUCAAUGAAAAUGAUUCUUUUUCUAAUGAUUCUUAUGAAACUGAUGGUUUCAAUAAUGAAAUUGCUGAAAUCUUAACAUGCAUCUGUCAAAUUCGUAAUAUAAUAGAAGGAGAUUUAACUUUUAUAGUAAAAAAAUGUUUCGAAAAGUUAGAAAGUCUAAAUGAAAAACUUAAUGGAGGAGAUAAAUUUUUGUUAGAUGAUUUAUCUACUUUAAAGAUGUUUACAGAUACAUUUAAUGAAAAUUUUGAUAAUUUUAAAAAUUCUUUAACAAAUAUUCAAAAAAAACAAAAUUAUUUUGAUAAAAGUUCAUAUAACACUACUGCAGUUAAGUGUCCCAAAAUUAAUGAUACACCUACAAUUUGUAAUGGUGAAAUUUCAUCAGAAUUAAAUAUAUGCUUAACGUCAACUGAAAGUGAUUCACACAGUGAAUUUAAUUUUUUACAAGAUGAUGACAACCAAUCUAGUCAUCCUGAAACUAUUAUUUUUCCAUACAUAGCUAAGAUAGUUAUCAAAUUAACUGAAAUCACAAAACUUAGAAAAAUCAAUGUUAAUUCAUAUGGUUUUUUUAACGAAAAAGAAAAUGAAAAUUUAUUGACUAUUAAUGGAAGUGAUAAUUGUUAUAAUUUAUAUCAUUUUUCAGUAAAGUGUUUCUCUAAUGAUAAUUGCUUUUCAAUUGAAGAAAAAAAUGGAACAAUUCUAUUUGUUAUCAAAAAAGAGGCAAUUGUUGAGGCAAAUGUACAAGUUGAUAAAAUUGCCAUUUUUGUUAAAAAAACAAAUAAAUAUAAAGUAUUUUUGGAAAAAAUUUGUAACCCAAAAAUAUUUGAAUUAUUUUUUUCCUAA